AUGGUUUGUUUUCUUUGUUACAGGUUCUUAGCCAUUUGGUGGCCACUGAAAUGUCAAAUCACCAAACGACGAGCGAGGAUGAUGAUUGUCUUCAUCUGGAUUUUCGCCAUCAGCGUCACCACACCAUGGGUAUUCUUCUUCGAUUUAGUUGUGGUCUUCGACGAAAGCCCACAUGUCCGGCUAUGCCUUGAUGUCUGGCCAAACCCCAUCAGUGAAGUUCUCUAUUUCGUGAUCGGAAACCUCAUCUUCUGCUAUAUACUCCCCAUGGUUCUCAUCACCAUGUGCUACAUUCUCAUCUGGAUUAAAGUUUGGAGAAGAUCAAUCCCCACUGACACCCAAGAUGCUCAGAUGGAAAGAAUGCAACAGAAAUCUAAAGUCAAAGUUGUUAAGAUGCUAGUCGCUGUCGUCAUACUUUUCGUCUUGUCUUGGUUCCCACUGUACCUGAUCUUUGCAAGGAUUAAGCUGGGAGGACCUAUCCAAAAAUGGGAGGAAGAAAUGUUCCCUGUUGUAACACCUCUAGCCCAAUGGCUGGGCGCCUCAAACUCUUGCAUAAAUCCAAUAUUAUAUGCAUUCUUCAAUAAGAAAUAUAGAAAGGGUUUCGUAGCCAUCAUUAAGAGUAGGAAAUGCUGUGGAAGGCUACGCUACUAUGAGACCAUCGCUCUGCAAUCAUCGAGUACAUCGACGAGGAAGUCUUGGCAUUAUAACAAUAACAACCACCCGUCAAUCACUCGACGAUCGCCUCCCGUCGACAAGAACGCAGUGUCGUUCAUAUUCAACCACACGGGAGUGUAA